AUUUGUACAAAAGAUUAAGACUUUGAUUUGCUGGUUAGGUGUUCAAGAGAAAGUUUUGAUCUUUUUUGGGGGGAUGAAGAAAGUUUAUAGGAAGCUGAUUUGGAUCAGAGACCCAUUAGCGAGAGUGAAGAGACAUGUUAGUUCACAUUCAGGGUUUAGGGUUUUCAGAGAUAGAAGAAAAUGGAUGUUCCCGUUUUUAGCAAGCUUGGUUUUGUCAGUUACUCUUUUGAUGUCUGUCAUUUAUGUCCAAUUCGACACUUCUUAUGUGGAAGAACCAUUGCCUUUUGAUAAUGUCUUAGAAGAAUCAAAUGAUUACUUUGUAGAAUCAGGUUUGAGAAUGUCUUUGAAUUCGACGGGGAAUUCGAAUUCUUCAGAGGUUCCUAGGUUAGCUUAUCUGAUCUCGGGGACGAAAGGUGAUAGUCUUAGGAUGAUGAGGACUUUGCAAGCUGUGUAUCAUCCAAGAAAUCAGUAUGUUCUGCAUUUGGAUCUCGAAGCUCCGCCUAAGGAAAGGCUUGAGCUUGCAAUGUCUGUGAAGAGUGAUUUGACUUUCCGUGAAGUUGAGAACGUUCGUGUUAUGUCUCAGUCUAAUCUGGUUACUUAUAAAGGCCCUACAAUGAUUGCUUGUACGCUUCAGGCCGUGGCGAUUUUGCUUAAAGAAAGUUUGGAUUGGGAUUGGUUCAUCAACCUUAGUGCCUCGGAUUAUCCUCUCGUGACACAAGAUGAUAUGCUGUAUGUCUUCGCGAAUUUGUCUCGGAACGUCAAUUUCAUUGAACAUAUGAAGCUUACCGGGUGGAAACUGAACCAGAGGGCCAAAUCAAUCAUUGUUGAUCCCGGUCUGUACCUAUCGAAGAAAACCGAAAUUGCUUGGACUACUCAACACCGUUCACUUCCCACAUCUUUCACGCUGUUCACAGGCUCGGCUUGGGUAGUUCUGACUCGGUCUUUUCUUGAAUACUCAAUCUUGGGAUGGGAUAAUUUUCCGAGGACAAUAUUAAUGUACUACACCAACUUUGUAUCCUCUCCAGAAGGAUACUUUCACACAGUCAUAUGUAACACUGAAGAGUUCAAGAGCACCGCGAUUGGGCAUGACCUGCACUACAUUGCUUGGGACUAUCCUCCAAAGCAACACCCAAACUCUUUAUCGAUGAAGGAUUUCGACAAGAUGGUCAAAAGCAACGCCCCAUUUGCUCGAAAGUUCCACAAGAACGAUCCUGUAUUAGACAAGAUCGAUAGAGAGCUCUUAGGCCGGACUCAUCGGUUUUCCUCAGGAGCUUGGUGCAUUGGUAGCUCGGAAAAUGGCGCUGAUCCGUGCUCUGUCCGGGGGGAUGACUCUGCUUUGAAACCAGGCCCUGGUGCCGAGAGAUUAAAGGAGCUUGUUCAGACACUUUUAUCUGAUGAGUUCAGAACAAAACAAUGUUCAUGACAGGUAAUGAUUCAAGCUCAAAAUUGUAAAUUCAUUGUGUUUUAGUUUUACUCAUAGGUUAUAGGUUUCCACAUAAAGUUAUACAAAACGAUCCAUGUCGCCCAAAAUUUUAGAUAUAAAGCAAUUACAAUAGC